CAGAAACCUCAGAAUGGAAGGAUAUUUUGGAAGAAAUGUCAAGACGAAAGAUAGGAAAUAGUGUGCCAGAUGUCGGUGAUAGAGGAUACAUUCGUCAAAAGACGGCUGGAAAACUGUGGGUGCGUGAACGUGUGGAUGGAUUUACGGACAAGGGCAGCUUUAGAGAGAUUGGAAGCUUUGCCGGAAAGACCAAAUACAACAAGGAUGGGUCGAUCGAGUCUUUUAGCCCUGGCAACUUUAUUGCCGGAAAGGCAACCGCAAAUGGACGUAGUGUGAUUGUGGGAGCAGACGAUUUUUCGAUUCGUGGAGGUCAUGCAGAUGGUGCCAUUUGGGGAAAGUCAUUAUAUGCCGAACAAAUGGCAAGAAAAUUAAAGAUUCCAAUGGUUCGUUUGAUUGAUGGUAGUAGCGGAGGAGGUUCUGUGACACUUAUUCUGGAUAUGGGCGCAACCUAUUUACCACCCUUGAUUGGCAUGCACGACAUGAUUGCCAGUCUGUCAGAGAUUCCUGUUGUAGCUGCAGCGCUUGGACCAGCUGUUGGACUUGGAGCCGCUAGGGCUACAUUGACUCACUUUUCUGUGGUUUCUGAGGAUAUCGGAUCUCUGUUUGCUGCCGGUCCUCCGAUUGUUGCCAAUGCAACAUACGAAGAGGUCACAAAGGAAACCCUGGGUGGUGCCUUGAUCCACACGUCCAAUGGAACGUUUGACAAUCUGGCCUCGACUGAACAAGAAUGCUUUGACCAGAUCCGCCAGUUCCUGGGAUACUUGCCCUCGAAUACCUUUGAAUUGCCUCCUAAACACAACUCUGAAGAUCCCGUUGACCGUCGGGAUGAUCAAUUGCUGUCGAUUAUUCCCAGGCGUCGUCAGAGAAUGUACCAAAUCAGAGACAUCCUGACCAAGGUAAUAGACUCCCAAAGCUGGUUCGAAAUCGGUUCUCGGUGGGGAGAUGGUGCCGUGUGUGGGCUGGCCCGGAUUGGUGGAUACAGUGUGGGUAUCAUUUCGUUUGACUGUACUGUGAAUGGAAGUGUGAUUACGGCCGCCAGUUGUCAAAAGUUCAGGCGCCACAUCGAUCUUUGCGACACGUUUGGAAUUCCGAUCCUAAACUUUGCUGAUUAUGCUGGAUUUGCGGUUGGUACAAAGGCAGAACGAGAAGCAACCAUUCGACAUGGGUCAACUCUCACAGCUGCCUUGUACCAGUGUGAUGUGCCUUACUUUAGUAUUGUUUUACGCAAGGUGUUUGGAGUUGCGGGUGCUGCAUUUGUAGACAAUCGGGUACCAAAUAUGCGAGUUGGCUGGCCAAGUGGUGACUGGGGAAGUCUUCCGCUUGAAGGUGGAAUCAAUGCUGCUUAUCGUCGAGAACUGGAGGCAGCAGGAGAAAACAGACAGCAGUUGUAUGAAUCUAUCCUGGCCAAAUUCGAGGCAGUUCGGUCACCGUUGAGAACAGCCGAGUUGUUUGACAUGCCAGAAAUCAUUGAUCCCCGCGACACGAGGCCCCUGGUGUGUGAGUGGGUCUCGAUGGUGUAUGACCAUAUUCUUCCUCAUCGGCUGGAGAAAGUCAAGAUUAACGGGCCCCGGGUGCUGUAUAGACCUUAGAGGAGGGAUCAAUUUUUUUUAUUAUAUAUAUAGAAAAAGAGGGGCAUAGAGCAAAAUGUUGAUUUUUUUUUUCUUUUGGGCAAGUGUUACCACGUGCUUUUACGUUUGAUGCUUGGUUUUGUUUUUAUUUGCUUGUUUUAUUUUAUUCUCUCAUUCACUUGCAUACUACACCUCUUGUAAGUGUUAUAUUUUAUUUGAUUUGAUUUUAAUUUCACAUUUACACUUGCAAUCACACUACAUAAGCAGGGGUCACAAUAUAUAUAUAAUUAAAAUACAUACAAAUUUAAUUAACAGC